AAAAGGUAGUCAUAUUCAAGUCGAAUUUCGAAGUACAUAUUCAGAUUCAUGAUUAACGAUUUAAAAGCCCUCAGACACCGUAUUACGUGAAAAUACGACGAUUUUUUUUUCUAUUUUGAAGCACUGUAAUGGAUCCACCAUUACAAAUUUUGAAAAUUUGACCUUGGAUUCGUUAUCGCAACCAUGUCCGUGGCGUGCGCCGGUUUUCAUUUCGGAUGGUCCGCUCCCUCGCUGCCAAAGCUUUUGGACACGGAUUCCAACAUAACUGUGUCAUCGGAUGAAAGUUCCUGGAUCGUGAGUUUCUUUACAUUCGGAUGCAUAUUCGGUCCACUCAUCGGAGCUGCAGUGGUGGACAGAUGGGGCAGAAAAUGGUCCCUACUUCUCACGGUUGUACCUUACCUCAGUUCUUGCAUUCUGAUUGCAUUCGCACCGAGUUUUUGGUGGUUUGCCAUAGCAAGGUUCAUCGCCGGACUUGGUUCUGGCAUCACCUACACCGUGGCACCGAUGUACUUGGGAGAGAUUGCGGACAACAGAAUUCGGGGCGCGCUGGGUGCUAUGAUAAACCAUAUGCAAAAUGCCGGUAUUUUGUUGACCUACUGUGUUGGCCCGUGGGUCGGCAUUGCAGCUCUGGCUGGCAUGGGAGCAGCGUUUCCACUCCUGUUCGGACUGAUGUUCUUCUGGAUGCCAGAGUCGCCGUACUUCUUGGUAAUGAGGGGGAAGACGGAUCGCGCUGAGAAAAGUUUGCUCUGGUUCAGAGGGACGAGUAACGUGUUCGAGGAGCUCAAACAGGUUGAACAGAAUGUCGAGUUCGAUCAAAAAAAUCCUGGAACAGUCAAGGAGCUGGUUAUGAUACCUGGAAAUCGUAAGGCUUUGAUCAUCGUCGUCGGGUUGAUGAUAGCCCAACAGUUCAGCGGUAUCGGGGCGGUGCAGGCGUACAGUGGCCUCAUAUUCGAAGCAUCGGGAUCCAGCCUGGACUCAAGCAUAUCCGUAAUUAUCAUCGGCGUGGUUCAAGUCCUCAGUGGAGUGCUCACCAUAUUCACCGUUGACUUGGCAGGACGAAAGCCACUGUUGUUAAUUUCCGCUUGUGGUUCGAUCCUGUUUCUCGCAGCAGAAGCAUUGUACUUCCAACUCCAGGCGGUCGACGUUGACGUCAGUUCGAUCUCUUGGCUUCCAGUUACCGCUAUCGUUGGUUAUAUAAUCGUAUACACGAUUGGCCUAGGAUGUCUUCCCUUCGUCGUACUUUCGGAGAUAUUUCCAUGCAACGUUAAAGCGUUGGCAACGAUGGUUACCUCGAUAUUCGGGGCUCUUGGUGGAAUGGCCGUUGCCAAGCUGUACCAAGUUGUCGCUGACGAGUACGGAAUCCACGCUUCCUUCUGGGGAUUCGCUGCAAUAACCGUAUUUUCGGCAAUAUUCAUUUACUUCGUCAUCCCCGAGACUAAACAGAGGUCCCUGCGCGAUAUACAAGAGGAGUUCCACAGAACUACAGAGCUUGGAACGGUGUCAGAGAAGUCACUGGAUCCUUGAUCGCUAUCUUGAACCAGUAACGGUACUUAAUAAGUUUGGAAAAAUUAUCAGAGGUGUACUUACGAAAGAGAUAGUCACGACGAGGUGACAAUAUUCAAUUCCUGGUGUACAGUUCUAAUCGUAGGGCCACCCUAGGCUCUCCACCAUUAUUAAUUCAUCGCUUCGGCCAAUAUUUUCCAAGGAUCUUCUUACAUUUGUUUGCUUAUUUAUUAAUGCAUUAAGUAAUUUACUCAAUGCAAUAGAGAAAUGUUUUUCCUGAACACUAAAGAAUGCUAUUUACACUGGAUCUUUUUCUACUCAAAAAGAUAAUGUGUAGUAAACCAUUAUUGGGACGAAUUGGGAGGCCGAACAAAUCGGUG